GCCACUGACGAACCAUUUUUUAGAAAAGCGCUGGCGAACCAUUUUUCCCAACCGCAACAAGAAUUCAAAUCGCCCAUCUCCAAUAAAAAAAAAUCAGAAAGUGACUUCCCAUCGUUUGAAUUUUUUUUUGUUUUCGUUGUUGUUUUUUUUUUUGAAAACAUAAAUCGAUCGACUCCGCCGCCAACAAUUGAAACUAAUCAACGAAGAUGAUGGACAUGUCAGUUAUGCAGUCUUCUCCAGGCCUCUUGAUGGCUCACCAUCAGCAACAGCAACAUCAUCAUCAUCAGCAACAGCAAGCUGUUGCCAUGAGCAUGAUGCAGCAACAACAAACAUCGCCCGGACACGGCAAGAAUGCCGGCGCAAGCGUAGGCCUGUCCGGCGUUCUUUCCGAUCACAUCAAGAGGCCCAUGAACGCCUUCAUGGUCUGGUCUCGUCUUCAGCGCCGCAAGAUCGCGCAGGACAAUCCGAAAAUGCACAACUCGGAAAUAUCCAAAAGACUCGGUGCCGAAUGGAAGUUGUUAAACGAAGACGAAAAGCGGCCGUUUAUCGACGAGGCCAAACGUUUGAGAGCGUUGCAUAUGAAGGAGCAUCCGGACUACAAAUACCGACCCCGUCGCAAACCCAAGCCCAGCAUGGCCAACAAAACGGCGGCCUAUUCGUUCCCGAUGCCCUACUCGCUCGGCGGUAUGAACCCGCAUCAUCACGCAGCCGCCGCCGGACUAGACACCCUUUCUUGGCUAUCGGCCGCUCAGCACGCCGCCUCCGUUCAAGCCGCCAGCGUCAACUCGACUUUAUCGGCCACAACGACGACCACCAACAGCACGACGGCCGGCAGUUUGUCGUCGUCUACUUCAUCUGUUGCGUCGGCAACUCCUUCGCUCGAUUUGGACAAGAGCCGCUUGUUUGGAUUCCCUUCGCCGUACGGCACUCACCAGCACCACUAUUACGGUAUGGCUGGCCUGCCAGGAAUGCCCGGCUUGGCUGGCUUGGCCGGACUUCCCAAUCUCAACGCAAAUAAUAACGGACACAGGAUGUCACCGGACAGCAAUUCGCCCGUCAGUCGAAUGGACGGAUUCGGUAUGAAAGGAUCACCGUCGCCAGUUGCGUCCGUCAAUUCGACAUCCGGCGGCAAUGGAAGUAAUAGCAACAACGGCUGCGUCGUGAGUACGUCGGCCGGAAUCCCUCAACAUCAUCAACAACAGCAGCAAUCACCGGCCGCUCUCUAUUCGUCAUUGAUGUACACCAAGGCUAGCGCCGCAGCCGCCGCUUCGUACCACCAGGCGGCCCAAGCGGCCGCUGCCGCCGCCGGUAUGCAAUAUCCUGUCGCUCCGGCUGGAUAUCCCUCCCUAGAUCAACUAGCUGGCCUACGAAGACCCGUACCCGUUCUCUACUGAAUCAUCUCUACUUGCAAAGACAUCUUUCUUCUCUUUUACUCUAUUUAUUUAUUUUUUUUUUUUUUGAAAAAUCUACAAGAAAAUCAGAUGGAUGUCUUUUUCAUUUGGGUAUUUCAAUGAGCGUAGAGGGACAACACCGGUGAUUCCAGGCAUCUUAUUUAGAACUGCACUCCCCAGCAAAAAAGAAAAAAAAAAAAAAAAAAAAAAAAAAAAAAGAAAAAGAAAAAAAAAAAAAAAAAAAAAAAACAACAAAAAAAAGUCAAAUUUGGUGUAAAUGUAAACUUUUUUUUCAAUUUUUAUAUCCCUCCUCCUUUUUUUUUGUGUUCACCCCACUACCCUUUUCCCAAGAAUUUACAUUUGAUGUUCGAACGCAUUAAGAUCUGAAAAAGCAAAGAAAAAAAACCGACGCUGUUUUUUUUUUUUUCAAAAGUGCGUCUGCUAUAUAGGCCCUCACAUUAUGCGUGUGUGUGUGUGUGGACGCGUGAAAGAGUAUAUUUUGUUCCUUUUGACUGUCACAGCCCUACCGACUCGUUCAUUUGUUCGUUAAUUUAACAACUUGAGUUUUGUGUUUUGUUGCUUUUCUCUCGAUGUCACCUCAUCACGAUAGCAGUUUCCCUCAUAUACUACGUGUUUCUCAUUGUCGUCUACUCUUGUACAUACGGUGUGUCUUUGUGUCCAUGUAAUUACAACGAGCUCAUUAUAAACGGAUAAAAAGAAAAAAAAA